AUGGUUCCCGUUAUCGAAUGGGCUGCCAGAGCCCUGGUGGUACCAGCACUGGAUAAUCUGAGCUUCAUCGACCUCUCUGAACUCUUCAAAUUUUCCUUGAUAUCCCUGCUUGUCAAAGAAAAGUUGUUCAUCAGCGAGGUCGUGCUUGGGACAGCUUUUGGUGUUCUUGUGGGUCCGUAUGGUUGGGGUAUUUUUGACCCUCACUCUUGGGGAGCAUCCCACACAGUCACCCUCGAAGUUAUGCGAAUUGUGUUGGCUAUUGGGCUGUUUGCGAGUGGCGUCGAGCUGCCUAAAAACUAUGUGGCAAGGCACGCGAAGGGGUUACUCGUGAUGGUCGUGCCUACUAUGGCUUUUGGGUGGGUGACUGUUGCGGCAUGCCUUACGCCAACGGAUCCUAUUAUAUGCGCCGCUAUCGUCGGAGGUAAAUUCGCUUUGAAGCAUGUCCCUGCCAAACUCCGCCACAUUUUGUCUGCAGAGGCUGCAACGAACGAUGGGCUUGACGGAGUAGCUUUUGGCGUUGCCUUGGGUGCCAUACUGGGUCCUGUUUCUCAUUAUGCAAUGUUGGAUUCCGUUGACCAAAGAUCACUGCAAAAAGGCUACAUUGACCAAGAGUCCUAUAUUGCGCAGUACCUUGCCUUGACGUUCUUUACGGUCGGGAUUGCGACUACCGUGGGAUGUGACGAUUUACUCGCCGCGUUUGCUGCCGGCACGGCUGUGUCGUGGGAUGGAGAUUUUAAUGUGCAGGUUGAAGGCGAGGCGUUCGCGUCCGUCAUAGAUCUGGUGCUGAACUGCGGGUGUUUUGUGUAUAUUGGGGCGUGGCUAAGGUUUGGAGCAUUUGACAACCCAUUGCUGGGGGUUACAUCUGGAAGACUAAUGGUGCUUUUCAUCGUGGUACUGGUGUUGAGAAGGGUUCCUUCACUGUUAGUGUUGUACAGAUGGAUACCCGAGAUUAAGUCGUGGCGGGAAGCGCUCUUUGUUGGACAUUUUGGGCCUAUGGGAGUCGGCGCUAUUUUCAUUUCCACGCUUGCCUUGACGAGAUUGCCGGAGCCUCAAUAUCCUCCGCAGAAUCAGCAAGAGCUGUUGGCGGCUACGCUGCAGCCAAUCGUCUCCUUUGUGGUGCUAGGCAGUAUAAUCAUACAUGGACUGUCCAUUCCGUUCUUUUCGUUUGGCAAGAUUUUUUCAAGUGCAAUCGACUCCUCGGUGCAAGAUGUGCCCAAGUGGUUGCUUGGGGCUGGUUAUCGGGUUAUCGCCGGAGGCAAAAGCUCGGAUUUGGUGGAGGACCGGGCUGAGGAGGCAUAG